AUGGCGUCGCAGAAGAAGGACCAGGGUGCGCUACGGAAUGAGGAGGACGACUUCAAUGCCCUUUUGAAGGGAAGCGACAUGGGCUCGUUUGACAUUGGCAAGCUCAUAGGCAAGGGCGACAUGAACACAGAACACGCAGACAAUGCUAUUGACUAUGAAGAUAUCGAUGAGCUCGCAGAUGAUGACUUGCCUGAAGAGGAAGAACCAUCAAAUGGUAAUACCAACGGUAAUGGUGGUGCUGCUGCUGGUGAUGAUGAUGGAGAUGAUUUCAUGAAGGAUCUUGAAGUUGAGGCAAAGGGAACAAAUGAUAAUGAUAAUGAUUCACAAUUCGAUAGGCUGUUUGGGGAUAAGAUUGAUGAUGGAUUCGGUGGUGAUCAAGGUUUUGAAGAUACAGAGGAAGAUAUACAAAAGGCUAAACAAGCUGAAGAAGCUAAAAAGAAGAAGAAAUUAGAAGAAUUGGAGAAACAGAAGAAAAUUAAAGAACAAGAAGAUCAAGAACAACUGAAAUUUCAAGAAAGGCUGCUGAAAUUUUAUUAUCCAUCGUUUAAGAAGAAUUCCAUACUAAAGAUGAAUUCCAUUUUCGGACCAAAACCACAAAAUUAUGAAUAUCAUAAACCAGGUUAUCCAAAACCAUUACUGCCGACAAAAGUUAAUUUAGAAGUUGAAACUGAUGAUAGAAGAAUUUUCAAGAGUAACCUUAAUCAUAAUACGAGGAAUGAUACCAAAAGAAUUAUCCCAAUUGAAGAUGAUAUUUUUGAAGAUCAAGUUACUAAAAAGAAAACUAAAGUUGAAUUGGAUGAAGAUUUAAUGUUAUCAACAUUUGAAUGGGAUUAUAAAAAAAUUGUUGGUGAUUCAAGUGAAAAUGAAAUUUUAAAUGAAAAGCAAAAUGGAAAUUUAAAUCAAAAAGAUAUAACUCUGAAAGAACAAAUUGAAAGAUUUAAUUAUUUUGAUGAAGAAGAUUAUGAUGAUGAUGCAAUUUUAGAAGGUCAAUUAGCUACGAAACUGCAACUUGAUAUGAAUGAUCCAAAUCUAUUAUUUUUGGAUGAUAGAAACGUUUCACAACAUAAAGUUUCACGUAAACCAUUAAUACCAGCUAUACCAACAAAUGAAAAACUUUUAGCUGCUAAAUUUAACGUUUCAAAUGAUCAAAAUUAUGAUCAAUUGAAAGAAAAUUAUCAUAGUAAAAUUAGAUCUACAAUUGGUAAUAUGGCUAUUGAACAUUCACAACCUGCAUUAAGACUUCAAUCACCAUAUUAUAAAGUUAAACUUACUAAAGAUCAAUUACGUAACUUCCAUAAAAAAGAUUUCAAAGUUAGACCUGGUCAUGUUAUGCAAUUUUCUAAACUAAAACAAAGAAAAAGAAAGAAGGAUCGUGGUAAAGAUAUUAAAGAACUGUUUGCUAAAACUACUGAUUUAUCAUUAGGUGAUACGGGACAAACAUUACUUAUGGAACAUUCAGAACAAGUGCCAAUUGUAUUACCAAAUUUUGGUAUGGGUAGUAAAUUACUCAAUUAUUAUAGGAAAAAAGAUGAAGAAGAUACUUCAAGACCUAAAUUAGCAAUUGGUGAAACACAUGUCUUAGGUGUUCAAGAUAAAUCACCAUUUUGGAAUUUUGGGUUUGUUGAACCUGGUAAUAUUGUUCCAACUCUUUAUAAUAAAUUAACCAGAGCUCCAGUUUUCAAACAUGAAGCUAAAAGUACAGAUUUUUUAUUAAUUAAAAGUACAGGUGGUGGAAUUUCUCAAAAAUAUUUCUUAAAAAGUAUAAAUAAUUUAUUUGUUGUUGGUCAAUUAUUCCCAGUUGUUGAUAUUCCAGGUCCACAUUCAAGAAAAGUUACCACCGCAAGUAAAAAUAGACUGAAAAUGAUUGUUUUCAGAGUUCUGAAAAGAAGUCCUGAAAGAAGAUUAUUAGUUCGAGAUAUUUCUAUUCAUUUCCCAGAUCAAAAUGAUAUGCAAAAUAGACAAAGAUUAAAAGAAUUUAUGGAAUAUCAAAGAUCUGGUGAUGAUCAAGGUUUUUGGAAAUUAAAAGAAGAAUUACCAAGUGAUCGUUUAAUCAGUCCUGAAGAUCUGACUUUAUUAGAAGCUAUGCAAGUUGCUCAACAACAUAUGGAGGAUUUAGAAUUUUACUCAAAUGAAGAUAUAAAUGAUGAAUUAGCUCUAUGGAAUUUAAGUAAGAAUUUCAUUAAUGCCACACAGGGGAAAGCAAUGUUACAAUUAAGUGGUGAUCCUGAAGGUAAAGCAUUUUCAUUUAUGAAAACUUCAAUGAAAGGUGGGUUUAAAAGUUUUGAAUCAAAUGGUCAUAGUUAUAAUGUUGCCCUGCAACAAAAGGCUUAUGAUGAAGAAAUUUCAAGAACUUGGUAUAAUCAACAGAAAAAAUUAACAGAAAUUUCAUCAAAUGUUGAUGAAGAUGAAGGAAAUUCAGAAGAUUUAAAUAAAAAGGAAGAAUCAAUAAAAUUUUUAAAAAUUACAAGAAGAGUUAGAGAUAAAAAUGGUAUUUUACAAAGAAAACAUGAAAUUAUUAAAGAUCAAAAUGUUAUAAGAGCUUAUAUUAAACGUCGUGAAAAAUUAGAAGAAGAUAUUAUACCAGAUGAUAUUACUUUAACAAAUGAUGAAGAAAAAAAUCAAAAAAAUAAAAAAUUAUUAGAAGAACAAUUGGCCAAAUUACAAAAAAAUCAAGAACGUCGUAAUGCACGUAAAGUUAGUAAAGAAAAUAUGGGUGGUAAAGGUAUUGGUAAAGGUAAAAGUACUGCUCGUAGAUGUCAAAAUUGUGGUGGUAUUGGUCAUAUUAGAACUAAUAAAGCAUGUCCUAUGUAUGAUGAAAGUAAUCCAUGA